AUGGCGGCGCCGGAACCGAUGACUUGGCGAAGUUUCAGUAUACAAAGCUCUGCUCUGGUUCAUGAUCCCGAGAAGGCUUACAAGUCUGCUUUCUUGAGGGGGACUCGCGCUGUACUCGCUGUUAAAGACAGGAACAGGGUUCUAGCAGAGGAUUUGUCUUAUGAUCAGACGCCUUUUAGGGAAGAUGAGUGUGAGAGGGUGAAAGCGUGUAGAGCAAGAGUGAUGACUGUUGAUCAAGUUGAACGGUUGAAAGAUCCUAAUAUUCAAACAUGGGCUAACGAAGAGAGCGAAGGAGGUGACCCGCCUAGGCUUUGGUUACAGAACGGGAUGUAUCCUGGGACAGCAUUCACGAGAAGCGUUGGUGAUUGUACAGCUGAAGGGAUUGGUGUUACCGCGGAGCCUGAAGUGUCUAUGGUUCAUCUUUCGCCGAAUCAUUUGUUCUUUGUUGUUGCGAGUGAUGGGAUCUUUGAGUUUCUUCCAAGCCAAGCUGUUGUUGAUAUGGCGGGGAGAUAUGCUGAUCCGAGAGAUGGUUGCGCAGCAGCGACAGCGGAAUCAUACAAACUGUGGUUGGAGCAUGAGAAUAGGACUGAUGAUAUCACAAUUAUCAUUGUACAGAUCAAAAACCUGUAUAAUGAAUGAUGAUGAUCAUGAUGA